AUGUGUGAUGCAGUGCCACGGAGACUAUCAGACAUGGGUGACAUUACAGUGCCAGAAUUAGAGAAAUUUAAUAAAAAUACGGAAAAUGAAAAGGAACAAAGUGAGACAAAGGAUGAAUGCGUCAGCAAUGAUCAGCGAUCGCCGUUUAGGAGGCAGGCGAUCAUUUCAUUUGGCGUCUUCAUGCUCACUUUGGGCGCUGGCGGCACAUCAGGCAUCUCUGCCAUUUUAAUACCACAAUUAGCACAUGCAAAGGGGAAGCAUGAAUUCUCAGUCGAAAUGGUAUCAUGGGUAGCCGCAAUAUCAUCUUUGGCCCUCUUCUUCGGUAACCUGAUGGCAGGUCUUUUAAUGGACAGACUUGGAAGACGUUUAUCUACACUACUGCUAGCCGCCACCUUUGUAUCAGGAUGGCUGAUCAUUGGAUUUUCCUACGACAAAAUGUACUUAAUAUUAAUAGGAAGGUUCAUCACUGGAUUAUGUCAAGGAUGGCUUGGUCCUUUAGGUCCAGUGUAUGUGGGAGAAAUUAGUUCUCCAGCCUACAGAGGACUGUUCUUAGCAGCUCUCUCUUUGGGAAUCGCAGUGGGUGUUUUCAUGUCACAUUUGUUCGGUACAUUCCUUCACUGGAGUUUAGCGUCAUUGCUGUGUGGAUUCUUCCCUCUGUUUGGUGGAAUCAUUCUUUAUUAUGCACCGGAAUCACCUUCGUGGUUGGCAUCUAAAAACAGAAUCGAUGAAUGUAUUAUGUCAUACCAAUGGUACAGAGGAAAUAGUGUAGCCAUGAAGACAGAGCUGGAUAAAAUGAUUGCAGAUCUCACAUCGAAACAAAAGACUCAAGGCAAAUUGAAAACUUUAGCUGCAAACAUUAAAAAGCCAGAAUUUUAUAAACCAUUGGGAAUAAUGACUAUAUUUUUCGUCAUUACACAACUCUGCGGAGUUAACGUUAUCUGUGCAUAUACAACAGAUAUGAUGAAAGAACUUAUCGGCAGGGGUUCAAAUAGCUCAUACACAUACGCCGCCAUGUUGAGUAUAGAUCUGUUACGAUGUGUGUCCCUGGCAGUGGCCUGUAUGAUGCUCAGGAAGUCAGGAAGAAGACCCAUGGCAAUAUUCAGUGGAGUGUUUACGUCGUUAUCUUUAAUAGCAUUAGCUUUAUAUUUGUACCUACAUAGUUCUGGUGUCAUCCAUGACAAGUCACCGUUUAUAUCUUUAGGUUUGAUGGCAUUCUACAUAAUUGUAUCAAAUCUAGGAAUUUCGCCGCUCCCAUGGAACAUGGUUGGUGAACUGUUUGCUGUUGAAACUAAAGGAGUUGGUUCUGGCAUCAGUGUUAUGAUGACAUCGAUUGCUUUCUUUGCAGUAGUAAAGACAGCUCCUUCUAUGUUCCUAAGCAUAGGUCACCAUGGAACUUAUCUGUUCUAUGGGUUAUCCACAUUGUGUGGUACUAUAUUCUUAUACUUCUGUUUACCUGAAACAAAAGAGAAAACUUUACUUCAAAUUGAAGAAUACUUUAGGUAUGGUAAGAAAAAGAAUAGUAAAGAAGUAGAUAUCUAA